AUGGAACCAGAUGACAAGAUGCGAAUGGAACCGGGUUUCAUUCAGAAAUCAGAUUCUGCCACCUGGAAUUGCUGGAUAUCCAGCUCAGCAAGCGAUUUUGACGUACUUCGAAAUGAAUAUCAGGUAAACACAAAUGCAACCAUUUCAUCACCUUCUUCCCCCAUCCACCACAAAACUCCAAGAAGAGCGACGACACUUGAGUUCACUCCUGGCUUUGUUUCAAUCAACAACUCAAAGUAUCGUCAUGGGCGACUGGAAAAAGUGAUGGGACCAGUCCCAAAGGACAACGAGGAGGUGAUUGUGUUGGUGGAUUACAUGGUCGUCUCUGGAAUUCAGGAUGCCAUCCCGAAUUGGAUUCAAAUUCGUACGAAUCGAUUGAAGAUCAACACCCCAUUCUGGAUUUUCGAGGAGGCCGUAUCUCCCAGACUGGCACUCCCGAUUGAAUCAGUCACCAUCGUGGAUCCCCCAGCGGUGAAUACUGAAAUGAUUCGAGCCACCAGAUUCGUCUCGUUCGAGGACACUGGAACCAUGGAGAGAUCACUCCUGGACAUUCUUCGCGAGCUCCCACACAAUCCAAGCAUUCAAUUGGAGAUACAGGAGAGACGGUCGUUCCCGAAUGCCGACUUCAUUCAAAUGAUUCAGACGUGGAUUGAGACUCCUCAACAAAUCGGUAGAAGGUUCUCGGUGAACAUCCGAUUCAACUGGAGACUCCAGAAACGAAUCCAAGAAACCUUCCCGAUGUGUCAGAAGCAAUGGAUUCAGAUGAGCGAGAAGAAGGCUUCUUCUCGUCGAGGCAUCUCCAUCGACACUUUUCCAGACCAGAGACUCGUCAUCCACGGAAGAAAUGGAAUGGAUGGAGUCGAGAAGCACACGUGGACGACAAUGGAAGUGUUUCCACGACACGUCUGA